AUGGAAUUCGAAAGAUCUAACAUUUUGAAAAAAUGUAUUAUAAUAUGCUGGAACCCGAACACGAAUGGAUCGCAAACAACGACGGAAAUAUCGUUAAAUUCCUUAUUCGAUUUGGUCAAGGAUAUAAAAAUAUUCCAUUGUAUUGAUCAAUGCAUCGACUUUGUGUCCGACGUCUCUGAAGAACAAAUUUGUCUUGCUUUAUGUGCACACAAUGUGGAAUCUCUUUUACCAUUGAUUCAUGACAUACCUCAAAUUCAAUCGAUAUUUAUUAAAAGUGAAAACGGAAGUAAUGAAGGAUUGAAAAUGAAUCGAUGGACAAAAUUCAAAGGAUCUUUCACUGAUAUAGCCGAUUUUUGCAACCAAUUCAAAACAAACCUUCGAAAAUCUGAACACGAUUUCGCUUCGGUCAACUUUGCGUACUCGUUAACAAACGACCAUCAGAGAAUACUCGAUGCGUCAUUCAUGUACUCGCAACUAUUGAAAGAUAUUCUAUUAAGCAAGGAAUACGAUGACGGAGCGAAAAAAGACUUUAUAAACUACCUUCGACAACAAGAUGCUAAUCAACCUUCAAGAUUAAAAGACUUAGAUGUCUACGAACGAAAUGAACCUCCUCUAUCAUCGAUAUGGUGGUACACAAAAGCGGUGCUCUUCUACGAUCGAGUUAAUAAAGCUCUUCGAACACAAGACACCGACACUAUUGUUCAUAUGGGCGUCUACAUUCAAGAACUUCAUCGUGAAAUCGGUAAAUUACAUAAGGAGCAACAAUUUGGGAGAAAGCUGAGGGUCUAUCGUGGUCAACUUAUGCGCGUAGAUGAUUUCGAAAAGUUGCAGAAAAACAAGAGCGGUCUCUUGUCUUUCAAUAAUUUCUUGUCAACCAGUAAAAACAACGAGGUUUUAUUGCCAUAUGCAGAUAGUUCGUAUUUGCCGGAUGACUCAGUUGGAAUAUCUUUUCACAUCGAAAUCGAUCCGGCGAUAUCGUCAAUACCAUUUGCAGAUAUUCACAAUCUAAGUCAACAUAAAGAUGAAGAAGAAAUUUUGUUUUCCAUGCAUACGAUUUUUCAUAUUGAUGAAAUCAUUCAGAAGUCCGCAAAGUCUUGGCAAGUGAAUCUGACAUUAACUGAUGACAAUGAUCCAGUUUUAAAACAAGUAACUGACUACAUGCGCGAACAAAUUCGCAUUGGUUCAAUCGACAAAUCGCUCGUUUAUCUACUCAUUCGUAUGGGUAAAUAUAAUGAUGCCGAAAACGUUUGCAAUGNUUGA